UUUGGUAUUUAUUUGAAUUAGAGUUCAGCAGAUCCAAAACUGGUUUGUGAUUGAUUGGUGAAAAUAACGUUACUGUUGUUUAUAUUUUUAUUUAUUUAUGUAAUGUUUUGUCUUCAUACGGGAAACUGUGCGUAGUUUAUGUGGUCCUUGGAGUAAUCAUUUCUAAACAAUAUACGGUGCAGGAGUUUAAAAAUAGUCAGAAAUGAGUGUUAUGAGUAACGCUCCACACAAAAAGAGUGUGGUUACAAAUGUCGGUGUCAGACAAGCCAAAGCACGUAAAGAUACUGUAAUUUUAGAUGGAGAUCCGGUUACAGAAGAAUCACUGGCUAAGAAGGGAUUUGUUUCACCUGAGGAUGUGUUACGGCUUCCAAGAAUAACAGAAAAUUAUCUGUGUUCACCUGAAGCUAAUGUCUAUGAUAUUGACUUCACGCGUUUCAAAAUUCGUGAUUUGGAGAGUGGUACAGUCCUGUUUGAAAUUGCAAAGCCACCUUCUACAGAUUCAGAAGAGGCUGAUCCAGAACCAGAACAAGAGGAGCUGGAUCCAAAUGCUGGUCGCUUUGUCAGAUAUCAGUUCACACCACAAUUUCUAAAAUUGAAAACUGUAGGAGCUACUGUGGAAUUCACAGUGGGCAAUAAAGCAGUGAGUAAAUUUCGAAUGAUUGAACGUCAUUUCUUCAGGGACAAGUUGCUCAAGAGUUUUGACUUUGAAUUUGGAUUCUGUAUUCCAAACAGCAAGAACACAUGUGAGCACAUAUAUGAAUUCCCCACACUCGCACCUGAUCUAGUCAAGGAGAUGAUAUCUUACCCCUUUGAGACACGUUCGGACAGCUUCUAUUUUGUAGAUGAUCGUCUCAUCAUGCACAAUAAGGCAGACUAUGCAUAUGAUGGUGGACUUCAACAGUGAUUUGGUGUACAUGUACCACCAUUUGCUCCCUCCAUCGCUCAUUUGGGCCACCAUGGUAUUUAAAUCACAUUCCACAUAAUUUAUUGUUUCAUUCUUGUAAGCACCAUUGUGGUUCAAUUACUCUAUUUUUGUUUGGAUGUCACCUUUAUAUACAGAAGGAAGCGUGAACUGGAAUCGAGUAGCUGGCAACCCAGAAAUGCUGCUGUCAUGGGUCCCUCUCUUUCUCAGAUUAUGUAUGUUCUGAAAGAGACUGAAAUCUUGCAGCGUCUUUGUCUUUGAUAGCAUUUUCUCAAAUAAUUAAUAUUUUAGAAACAAUACAACUGGCUAGUUUCUUUGCUAGAUGCGAGGAAGAUAUAUUUAUUAAGGCAAAGUUGUAUGGAGUGCAAGGAGUGGAUCUGUCUAUCACAGGGACAGUUUAGUGGUCUCAGUUUUUAACACUGUCAUACUGUGAUAAUCUGUUAAUGUGAGUAUACUUACCUCACCUCCUAGGAAGAAAGUUGCAGAAGUAUCAUAUGUUCUGUUGCUGUAGAUACCAAGGUUGUAUUUUAAUAUCAUCUGUAGAGUGAAUAUUAGUUUAAUAAUAUGUUUCUGGAUGUGGACUCAGUAGCAAAGAUGAAGAUCAUAGUGGGGAUAUUUUGAUUUUUCUAUUUAUUACAUUGUCUAGAACAGCUCUGGAGCCCACCCAUCCACCCUCCUAGACUGUGCAUACUGAGGUAAUAGCCUGCAUUAAGCUGACUGCUUGGGUGUAGCUUUACCUCCAAGCUGCCUGUAUGCCUUCAUGAUAUGGUACAAGGAACAGGGACAGCCUCCCACAAAUUUCCUUAAUCCUUUCACAAAGACACCAAGAUGAAAAACUUUAACAAGGGUACAGUAACAUUUCCAUCUCCUACGUUGUCACGUUCAGUUAUUAUAAAUGUCUAUUACCUUGAUAAGUUGUGUCACUGAUGGCAUUUCCUACUGAUCGGACUUAACGGAGAUUGAGCUGAACUCUAUGGUUCCAUGGCAGAUGCACUAAGAGAGGGAAGUGAUAAGUAAUGAUGAUUUCAACGCACAUGUCCAUGUGGGGUGGGAUCUGAAGCCAGGACUGAAAGCUGCGUCAACCCCUCCGCUGACAGCAGAAAAUCUGGAACACAAAACGUGAGGAACAGAUAAUGCGAGAUAUGAGCAAACAGUGUUCCUCCAAUUCAUUGUCGUUUUUGCAUGAAGCACAUUCUGUUUGUGAACAGAAUAUUAGCAUUAUUCCCUUGGUCUGUGAAUCUUCUGUGAAGGCAGCCAGAAGUUUUUGCCUGAUUAUGCUAAGAGUAAGCCACAGGAUGUGAGUUAUGUAACUUAUUGGUUGUAUGUAAUAUUGUAUUCAUUCUCAGAGAUAUGGCACUAUUUGUAUGCCUAAUUCAUUGAGCACCAUGCUGUGAAGUGGGAGGUAUAGCUCCACCUCUCUUGACCUCAGCACUAGCUGGAGAUGAGUGCUCAGCUUCACAUCCUGACCACAGUAUCAGUAGUACAGGAGGCUGGAUGGGUCCCAGAGCUGGUCUGGAAGGUGUGGAGAGGAGAAAAAUCUCUUGCCUCUGUUGCCAUCCAGCCUGUAGCCCAUCAAUAUAACUGAGCUGUCCAUAAAAUAAUAACGUAUUUGGAUUUUGAAAAUGAGCAUAAAUCAGGUUAGGAGAAUGUCUGCAGGUGGUACUGAAUUAUGUUGUUUCUACAUAAUGUCCCUUGUUAAGUUCUUCAUUGUCCCUGCUUGUACUCCAUUUACUUGCCAUGGUUGGAAUCCAGCCCACAUCAAUUUGGUGAACGAAAUGUAGAAAUGAAAGAUUUAUGCACAUGUGCUAUCGAGACAUGUGACAAAUGACUGAGCUUUAUAUUUGUUGCAUUUAGAUACUAUAGGUAAGCUGAUGUGAAGAGAACAAAAAUGAACCAGUUUCAUUAGAUCAUGUUCACUUCAGGAGUAGCUUUCUAUAAACGUCAACAAGUUGACGUGUUCCCUGUAUGUAAAAGUAGGUAGAGCAUGAAGAUCAAAGCAAAGUGGGCUUUGUGCUCAUAAAAUUAUAUGCAUCUUGUUAAUUCUGUUGUAUAUGACUGCCGAUUGUAAGGAUGGUCAGAGUUUAAGGAACUUUGCAUGUAGCAAAUUUUACUGAGACGUGUGGAGGAAUAAUUCAUAAUAUGCUUUGCAGGAUAUGCUAAUUCUUACAGUGGAAGAAUGUGAAGGUCCCAUACCUAGUGAUAUUUUGGCUGAAAGCAACUACAUGUUAGUCAAAGAUAUCCAGUAGUGAAUAAACAAAUGUGGGAUUCCAUUGGAGAAAUUUAUUGAAAAAAUGUAUUAACAAGAACCUUUCUUUCUUACAUUUGUAAAUCAGUAAUAAAUGGUUGAAGUUCA